AUGGAGGAAGGCGCCGGCCGCCGCCAGGACACCUUCGGGUUAAGGGAAAUAGGCCUCAACCUCUCGACGACCCAGGGCGACGCCGCGUCGAUGAUGUACACCCAGGACUCGACGGUGGACACCGUCAUGCAGCCCAUCGGCGUGGCCACGAGCCGCGACGACCCCGCGUCGAAAAUCGGCAAGCGGCUCCAGAAGAACACGCGCAAGGUCACGCGCUACUUCCCGGGCAAGGCGCCGAAGUGGGUCAAGUCCGCGGACGACGACGACGUCAAGGCCUUCGGCGCGCAGCGGCGGCGCCGCGCCGCCGAGCCCGUCGUCAUCAAGACGGGCGCGGCGGCGGCGGCGGCGGCGGCCGCGGCGCCUCCUGCUCAACCGAGGAGGCGCCAGCGCGCCCAGGCCGUCGUGCUGAAGAAGGCCCCGGCGCCCGCCGCCGACGCCGCGCCGCCGCCACCAGUGGCAAGGCCGCCGCUGCCGCCGGACUCGGAGUCGGACGCCGAGGGCGACGCCCAGGCGGCGCCCGUCGAGGCCGAGAGCGCGGACUCGGCGGCGGCGCGGCGCGCGCGCGUCCGCGCCAAGCUCAAGGCGCGCCAGGCGGCGGCCGCGGCCGCCGAGGCGGCGCCGGCCGCGCCGCCGCCGCCGCGCGACGCGUCGCCGCCGCGGCGCGCGGCCGCCGCCGCUGCUUCCCCCGAGGCGCCCGCUGACGCCCGUGCGGCGGCUUCUGACGGCUCCAGUUCGGACGGCAGCUCGUCGGACGACUCGGACGACUCGUCGGACGACGGCAGCGAGGACGCGCGGCCCGUCUUCGUGCCCAAGGCGCUCCGCGGAACUAUAUUAGAAAGGGAAGCGGCGGAGGAGAAAGAGCGCCAGCGGGAGAAGGCGGCCGAGCGCCGGCGAAAGGCGCGCGCGGACGAGAGUAGGGCCUUGGUGGCCGAGGCCGUGGUCAGAGCCGACGCCGAGGCGGCCAUGGCGAAGCGCGGUAAAUCUGGAGAGGAUAGUGAUGAUGACGCGCCGGACGACACGGACGACCUCGAGGACCCGCUUGAAUUUGAAGCUUGGAGGGUUAGAGAACUCGCGCGGGCGACGCGCGAGCGCGACGAGCGGCGGAAAGCCGCUGACGACGAGGCCGAGACGCUGCGGCGGCGCGCGCUGUCGCCGGCGGCGCGGCGCGCCGAGGACGAGAAGAUCGGCAAGGGCAAGAAGCCCGAGAAGGCCAAAUGGAAGUUCCUCCAGAAGUACCACCAUAAGGGUGCUUUCUUCAUGGACGACGACACGCUGGCCAAGGCCGGGGAAGGCGACGUGCGGAACCGCGCGACCGAUGGAGCGGUCCUCGAGGACAAAUUUGACAGAGCGGCGCUGCCCAAGGUCAUGCAAGUCAAGGACUUUGGGUUCCAGGGCCGCACAAAGUACACGCACCUCUCGGACCAGGACACGACGUUCGUGGACCGCGACAACCCGAUGAACGGCUGGCUGCAGCGGCGGCACAAGGCCGACGACCCGCUCCGGCGGGGUUAUGAUAGGAGGCGCGGCGGCACGCAGGACAUCGACAAGGCCUUUGAGAGACGGAGACGGUAG